AUGUUGUCGUGUUGUUACAAUUACUUCCCGGAGACAAUUCGCGAUGAUGACUGGAGCAAGUUAUUGAAGUGUACAACGCUCAAAGAGCGUCUCCACCAAAUCAAAUUCUAUCGUUUAAAAGAAGACAAAUCCAAGAAAGACGCAAUCAAGAAACAAGUCAAAAUGUCUCUAAAAGAACGUUGCCUUGAUCAGUUGCAAUCGCAACGUUACAUAACAUCUCUAUUACUCGACCCAAAUCCAUGCCUGGUCGUCGAUUGUCAGUUUUUGGAGUGUUUAUCGAUACGAGGUCUGAACCUGACAUUUCUGCAACUGAAAUAUCUGAUCGCUGAGAAUCGAUUAAGGCAACAACCGUGGCCCUUAUAUCUGUGUAAUUUCAAUUAUCACAAUGACAUUAUUAAUGAUCAUUGCAAGAGGCAUCUGCAAUUCUUCGAAUCCAAUCAUUUUCCUUGUGCUGAAAUAUCGUCGAAAAGUUUUGUUGAUCUGUUUGCGCAUUCGAAUAUCGUCUACUUGAGUCCGCAUGCUGACGAGGAAUUGGAUGAGAUCAAAGGUGAUGAAACGUUCAUCUUAGGUGGUAUUGUUGAUCGAACGAAUGAGAUCGGUUUACCGAAACAGGCCUCCUUAUUAGCCGCAAAACAAGCGAAUGUUGUCGCACGUAAACUUCCCUUGGACAAAUAUAUCAAGUUUGUUUUUCUUAAGCAAUUCGAUGCGCUUCAUUUCGUUUGUAUUCCAAGCAUUCGUCACCUGAAAGUUCAUUUGGAAUGGAAGUCAGGCACGAAGUUAUUGACGUUGACAGCGGUAGCAUCCAUUCUGUACGAUGUAUACGAUUCGAAUGGAGCGUGGGAGUUCGCUCUGAAAAAGAAUAUCCCGAGAAGAAAUGUGAAGAGUGCUGAAGAAGUAAGCGCUGUCGGGCGACUGAAACGUAAACGAAUUAAUGAUUACGAUGAAAGAGUCAUGAGAGAACUGCUGCAACGGUUGCAUGAGAACAGUGAUCGGUAA